UUAACUGCGUGCAUGCCACCUCAGUGAAAGUUUCCCUGAUAACAACCAGGCCUCCAGCGGAGAAGUUUACUUAUCCCAAGUGGGGGAAUUUCAUCUUAUCGUCGUUGGGGUAUUUUGCGGUGAACUGAACGCUUGGUUUCCCUCUAUUGGGAGUCCUGCUUCCUUCUCUAACCAACGGUCUACUGGGCUGUUUGGCUGUAGAGGGGUGCCGCGGUUCUUCAGACGUUCUGCUUAGGUCCUUACUCUAGUGCUAGCAGGUGUCGUUAGGUUAUACCCCCAAACACUUGUUGGCUAGCCACAGUGGCCCUUUAUGAGUGACGGUGACAGUCUAUGAGAAUUGGAACUUCGCUGAUGUUCAAUUUGGAGUUCGGUGUUCGACAUCUGUGUAAAAAAUGAUGAAGUUGCAGGAAGAUGUGACGAUGUUCGUUUUGCUGCUAUUGCUGGUGGUGGUGCAAGCUGAAGGCAGAAAACCAUCGUCGCAACGAAGAAGCCAGAUUCAGAACGAUGGCCCUUCAGGACGGAACACGUGUCCAGGCCCCAGUAGAUUCAAGAGAAGGUGCUGCCCAGGGUGGUCUCAGCCCAACAACAGUCGGAGAUGCAUUGUCCCUAUCUGCAUAUCUGGCUGUGGAUCCGGUGGUCGAUGUAUGCGGCCAAAUGUCUGCUUGUGUCAAAACAGACAAAUCGGACCUUCCUGUUCACCCUGUAAUCAGCCCUGUGUGAAUGGUGGACGGUGCAUUGGGCAGGACCGAUGUUCAUGUCCAUAUGGUUUUACAGGAAAGCAAUGCCAGCAAGAUUAUCGAACAGGGCCCUGUUUCACCCAGAUAUCCAACAAUAUGUGUCGGGGACAGCUAACUGGUGUUGUGUGCACAAAGAUGCUAUGUUGUUCAACAAUUGGUAAGGCUUGGGGAAGGCCAUGUGAGCAGUGCCCAACAUCAACCCACCCUUGUCGAAGAGGGUACAUCCCCAACCCCCAGGGAGACACUUGUAUAGAUGUUGAUGAAUGCCAGGCUAUCCCCGGUCUGUGUGUGGGAGGCAACUGUGUCAACACCCUGGGGUCUUAUCGCUGUGAAUGUCGAGAGGGACAGACACAGAACCCCAUAACCAAAGUUUGUGAAGAUAUAAAUGAGUGCGAGAUCAUUCCACGGAUAUGUGAGAACGGACAGUGUACAAACACAGAAGGGAGCUACUUCUGUACCUGUAACCGUGGAUACGAACCAAAUGCUGACCGCUCUUCUUGUAUUGACGUGAAACAGGGCUAUUGCUACACAAGUGUCAUCAACUUGAACUGUCAGAGUCGCAUCUCGGAGAAGACAUCAUUCCAGGACUGUUGCUGUAUGCUGGGCAAAGGCUGGGGAACAGGGGAACAAUACUGCCAGCCUUGUCCACUCAAGGACACAAAUUCCUAUGACCGACUGUGCCGAAGAGGUCUCCCGAUCACUGACCAAUUCUGUGCCAAGUUCACCAUGCUGUGUAAUAAUGGCCGCUGUAUUGAUACCCCAAGCUCCUUCCGAUGUGAAUGCAACCCAGGAUACAGGGAGUCUAAUGACAACUGCAUAGAUAUUGAUGAAUGUGAGCAGCAGGGAAUCUGUCGCAAUGGCCGCUGUGUCAACACCCAGGGAAGCUACACCUGUGAAUGUAGUCCAGGCUUUGUACUCUCAAAGACAGGCUCAUAUUGCACAGACAUGAAUGAAUGUGCUGAGGAGGGUAUGUGCCCCAAUGGAGUCUGCUUCAACAUGGAUGGAUCAUACAAGUGCCGCUGUAAUGCAGGGUUUAAACAGUCACCAAACCAACAAGUCUGCUAUGACAUUAAUGAAUGUACGGAAAAUGGUCGACUGUGCAGGAAUGGUCGCUGUGUUAAUACUGAUGGCAGCUAUCGCUGUGAAUGUUCACCUGGAUAUCGGCUGUCACCAGAUGGUGCUUUCUGUCUAGAUUAUGAUGAAUGUAAGACAACAGGAAUGUGCACCAAUGGCAACUGUAUAAACAUGGAUGGCAGUUUCAAGUGUGUGUGCAACCCUGGCUAUAUCUUAGGUCCCAGCAGGGAGGUCUGUAUAGGUGAGUGUGUGCAACCCUGGCUAUAUCUCAGGUCCAAGCAGGGAGGUCUGUACAGUGUGUGCAACCCUGGCUAUAUCUUAGGUCCCAGUAGGGAGGUCUGUAUAGAUGUGAACGAGUGCUCACUUGGCCCUGACCAGUGUGUGAAUGGUCAGUGUAUCAACAAUCAGGGCAGCUUCCGCUGUGAGUGUCCCAAGGGAUUCACCCUGGGAGAAGACAGGAGGACCUGCAGAGAUACAAGGAGGAACAUGUGCUACCCCGAGGUGCGGAAUGGUCGCUGCUUGAACCCCUACUCUGUGCUGGUGACCAAGUCCAUGUGUUGCUGUGGCCUGGCCGGCUCCCUGGCGUGGGGACAAAACUGUGAGAGAUGCCCCACAAUGAUGGACCCAAAGUUCAUCGAACUGUGUACCCAUGGGAAGGGCAGGGAUCACGACGGCAAGAACAUCAAUGAGUGUAAGUUACGGCCAGACAUGUGCCAGAACGGGGCAUGUGAAGACCUGGAUGGGGGCUACAGGUGUAUCUGUAAUGAUGGCUACAGACCUGAUGCCUCAGGCAGGGAAUGUUCAGACAUAAACGAGUGUGACAUCAACUUGAUGCUGUGUGAUGGGGGACAGUGCAGGAAUGUGCCAGGAAGCUACCGGUGCAUCUGUCCAGAGGGACUCCGCUUCAAUCAUGGCACAAGAAUGUGUGAAGAUAUCAAUGAGUGUGAAAGCUCCCCAUGUGUUGGGGGUGACUGUAUCAACACUGCAGGGAGCUUCAGGUGUGAAUGCAGCAGGCCGGGGACAAUGCUGGAUUCCACCAAGAGGAUCUGUAUUGACAACCGGCGUGGAGCGUGCUGGCAGAAGUACAGGAAUGGUGUAUGUGAGAGCAGCAUCAACACCAUGAUGCUGAAGUCGGAAUGCUGUGGUACCAUCGGGAAGGCCUGGGGAAGUCCCUGCGAGCAGUGCCCAUCUGAAGGUAGACUGCGAUGUCCAAAGGGGUACGCCUUUACAAAUGGGUUGAACUGUGGUGAUGUAAAUGAGUGUGAGGUGAUCCCAAACAUCUGUAAGAGUGGCGGCGAGUGUGUCAAUACCCAGGGUUCCUUCAAGUGUACGUGUCCAGCUGGCCUUGACCUGGACGCUACUGGACGCAGAUGUGUAGACAACAGGAAGGCUCAGUGUUACUUGGAUUACAACAGAGGUUACUGUGCCCGUGAAAUGAUGGGUCUGUUUAACAAACACAUGUGCUGCUGCACCAUGGGAAGAGCUUGGGGAGAGAGCUGUGAAGCAUGCCCACGGAAGGGAACAAAUGAGUAUGAAGAGCUGUGUAAUGGAGGAACGGGGAUGCAUCCUGAUCCCGACAAACCAACAGAUAUCAAUGAGUGCAGGAUGUUUCCUGGUAUGUGUCUGAAUGGAAAGUGUCGCAACGUGAUGGGAAGUUUCGUCUGUACCUGCAACCCUGGCUUUGCCAAGGAUGACACAGGAUUCAACUGCACUGAUAUCAACGAGUGCCUGAUAUCAUCCGUGGAGAUCUGUGGUUUAGGGGAGUGUAUCAACAUGCCGGGGACAUUCCGGUGUGAGUGUGCUGAGGGCUUCAGGGGUGUCAUGAUGAACCAGAUGUGUGUUGACAUAAAUGAGUGUGAGGAGAAUGCAGGCUUGUGUCUGGGAGGGUCCUGUCGUAACGUCCCCGGAGCCUAUGAAUGUGAUUGCCCAGAUGGCCAUGAAGUUGGACCUGAUGGCUCAACUUGUAAAGAUGUGGACGAGUGUGGAUCAGCAAGCUCCAUCUGCUCCAACGGCCACUGUGAGAACUACAUGGGGGGCUACCAGUGCAUCUGUUCUGAAGGCUACAAGACCAAUAACUUGAAGACUACAUGUAUUGACAUUGAUGAAUGCCGUGAACGUAAUGGAGGAUGCAUGGGUCGUUGCGUCAACACUCCUGGCAGUUUCUCUUGUGGCUGUGAAAGUGGCUACCUCCUCAUGAUAGAUGCCAAAACCUGCAUAGAUGUUGACGAGUGUAAAGAAACACCUGACAUAUGUCAAGGAGGUCGCUGCAUCAACCAGCCUGGCACUUACAGGUGCACAUGCACUGGUGGACUCUCCCCAUCUCGGGACCAGAAGCAGUGUCUGGAUGUGGAUGAGUGCCAGCUGAACAAGAACCUGUGUAUGACUGGCGUCUGUCAGAACACACAAGGCUCCUUCUCCUGCAAGUGUGACACUGGCUUCUCCGUCAAACAGGAGACUGGCAACCCAGGAUGUACAGAUGACGACGAGUGUCUGGAGGGUAACGUGUGUGACAGUAAUGCUGUCUGUAUCAACACCAGAGGCUCCUUCAAGUGUGACUGCAAGCCCGGCUUCACAGGAGAUGGAUUCACAUGUAGAGAUGCCAAUGAGUGUAUCCGGGCAAAUGGUGGAUGUGACCGUGAUGCAGCCUGCAUCAACAUGCCAGGCAGUUUCCGCUGUGUCUGUGAUGAAGGCUUCUCUGGUGAUGGCUUCCAGUGCAUCGACGCUGAUGAGUGCAGCUUGGAUGUGACGCUGUGUGAGAACGGUCAGUGCUACAACUACCCAGGAGGAUUCCGGUGUGAAUGUGACAUGGGAUUUGCCCCCACUGAGGAUGAACACGCCUGUGUCGAUAUCAAUGAAUGUGACAUGUUCCACAACUUAUGUGUCAAUGGCCGCUGUGAAAAUGUGUUUGGAAUGUUCCGAUGUGUCUGUAACCAAGGUUACCAGCUUGACAACUCAGGAGGAAACUGUACCGACAUCGACGAGUGUCAGAACAUAGACAACUGUCAGUAUGGCACCUGUGUCAACACGCAGGGAGGCUACCUGUGUCAGUGUCCUCCAGAUUAUGAACUCAACCCCACUGGCACAGGAUGUGUAGACAAGAGACUGGGCUCUUGCUAUAUGGGUGUUCCCCAGUUUUCCCGUGGAGGCCGCAUGGUGGUGUGUACUGACUCGAUCGCGGUGGAUAUAUCACGGGCAACCUGCUGCUGUACUGUGGGGAAGGGCUGGGGGGAUGUCCCCGGGCUGUGUGAGAUAUGCCCCAGGAAUGGAACAAGUGAAUACAAUGCUCUGUGUCCCGGAGGCCCAGGGUUUAGGCCCAACACCAUCACACUGGUGGUGGAAGAUAUUGACGAGUGCGCUGAAGUGGACGAUGUCUGUGAUGGAGGCCGAUGUCAGAACACAUUUGGCAGCUAUGUGUGCGUGUGUCCCGAGGGUUUAGAGCUGGACAGCACCAAGCACCGAUGUGUGGAUAUUGAUGAGUGUCGGACGGGGCCCAGGAAGUGUGGCAGGGGUGAGUGUGUCAACACCCCGGGCAACUACACAUGCAUCUGUCCCGUAGGCUACGAACCCAUGGAUGGUGGCCGUGACUGUCUUGAUAUGAGGAAGGGCAACUGCUACAUGGAGUACCUCAACACAACACGGCCACCAUAUCAUCUAAUCUGUGAGAAGCCCAUGUCCAAACAGCUGACCAAGAGACAGUGCUGCUGUACCAUUGGUGUUGCCUGGAAUGGUCCAUGCGAGGCCUGCCCACUGAGGAACACCCGGGAAUACAGACAACUCUGUGUGGAAAGCCCUAUGGGAGGAAUGGACAAGAUCAACGAGUGCCGGAUACUCCCCAGUCUGUGUGAGAAUGGCCGUUGUAUUGACACAGACACUGGUUUCCGAUGUCAGUGUUACCCUGGUUACAAGUACGACCGUACAACUCAUGUUUGUGAAGAUGAGGAUGAGUGUCGCGGUACUCUGUCACCCUGUGUGGGCAAUGCUGUGUGCGUGAACACGGAGGGUAGUUACGAGUGUUCCUGCGGUGAUGGGUACAGACUCAAGCCAGACCGGAGAAGCUGCCAGGACAUAAAUGAAUGUCUGGAGGAUCCGGAGGUUUGUAGCAAUGGUGACUGUGUCAACACUGCCGGCAGCUUCAGCUGUAUCUGCCAUGAUGGCUUCCGACUGUCUUCACGAAGAGAUUCCUGUUCUGAUAUUGAUGAAUGCCAGGCAUGGCCGGGGCGGUGUAGGAACGGAACUUGUCACAACACAAUCGGCAGCUUCAGGUGUACCUGCAAUGGUGGAUUCCAGGUUACAGAGACGGGAGACUGCGUUGAUAUGGAUGAGUGUCGUAUGCUGAUGGGGAUCUGUCAGAAUGGCCGCUGCCAGAACACACUUGGCAGUUUCCGGUGCCAGUGUCAGACAGGCUACACUGAGUCUUCUGACAGACAGAACUGUAGAGAUAUUGACGAGUGUGCAGAGAUCAGUGGGACCUGCAGGCGGGGCACCUGCCAGAACACUGAGGGGUCCUACUUAUGUCAGUGUUUAGAAGGCUUCCAGAAGUCUCGCAGGGGGGAUGAAUGUGUUGAUGUGAAUGAAUGCCGCACUAUCUCCAACAUCUGCUACAACGGGGAUUGCCGCAACACUGUUGGUGGAUUUGUCUGUACCUGUCCUCCAGGUUAUGUCCUCAGCCAGGACGGGCAGAAGUGCAGAGAUGUGAGAAGUGGACUCUGCUUCUCUCGGUUUGACAAUGGCCGCUGUCUGGCCCCGAAGCCACUCAAUAUGACAAAGGCUGACUGUUGUUGUUCCAUGGGCCAGGCGUGGGGAGCGUACUCUGACUGUGAGGUGUGUCCUCGUGCUGGAGAAGCUGGCUAUGAAUUCCUAUGUCCUCAAGGUCAAGGUUAUGUUAUUACUCCAGGGAAGUUCAUGACAGAUAUGAAUGAGUGUUUGAAGUUCCCCGGUGUAUGUGUGAAUGGUAUCUGUGUCAACACGGAUGGUUCAUUCCGGUGCGAGUGUCGUGCUGGCUACACCCUGGACAGCACAGGACUGGUUUGUAUCGAUGCGAACGAGUGUCAGGAUGCAUUCAUGUGUGGUAAUGGUACCUGCACCAAUACAGAAGGCAGCUUCCAGUGUUCCUGCAGGCAGGGCUUUGCUGCAGGGCCCCAUGAGACAUGUGAAGAUGUGGAUGAAUGUAGCAGUCCAUUGAAUUCCUGUGCUUUCCGCUGUUUGAACAUUCCUGGGUCUUUCCGCUGCGUGUGUCCCAUGGGAUACAGGGUGGCUGACGACGGCGUCCAUUGUGAAGAUGUGGAUGAGUGUUUGACCCCAGCCAACAACUGUAAAUAUGACUGUAAGAACAUCAUUGGCUCCUUUCUCUGUGUCUGCCCGGAGGGAUUCAAACAGGUCGGCAUGGAUCAGUGUGCAGAUAUCAAUGAGUGUGCUACCCAGCGUGGUUUAUGUCAGCACGGUCGCUGUCUCAACACAAGGGGAGGAUACAGAUGCAGGUGUAACCGUGGUUACGAACCUAGCGCCAAUGGCAGGGCCUGUCUUGAUCGACGUCAAGACUUCUGCUACCCAUCCUUGACUGCUGGCCGCUGUGUGCGUACACCAACUGUAUCUCGGACAACCAAGGCCAAGUGCUGCUGUGCAAUGGCAGCUGCAUGGGGGUCAGGCUGUGAGAGGUGCCCCUCUGUCAACACAAUCCAGUACAAGCAGCUGUGUCCACAAGGCCCUGGCUACACUCCAGAUGGACAAGAUAUUGAUGAGUGUGCAGAUAUGCCUGAUGCAUGUGCCAAUGGCCGUUGUCUGAACACGAUGGGCUCCUACAGAUGUGUCUGUAACAAGGGCUACAAGACUGAUGCUUCUGGCAAGAGAUGUAUUGAUAUUGAUGACUGUCGGCUUGAUCCCAAGCCGUGUGAGUUCACGUGUCAGAACACAGAUGGGAGCUUCCUGUGUACUUGUCCUCGUGGAUAUGUUCUCAACCCUGACGGCAAGACAUGCAGAGACCUUGAUGAGUGCACAAUGAUGCAGCACAACUGCCGGGACCGGUGUGUCAACACUCCUGGCAGCUUCGAGUGCGAGUGUCCUCCUGGCUACAGGAAAGGCAGGACCAGGCAAUGUGAUGACAUUGAUGAGUGUGCUGACUCCCCCAACCUGUGUAGACCUGUUGGGACCUGUCGCAACACUCAGGGCAGCUUCCGCUGUGAGUGUCCCCGGGGCUAUAGGACAAGCAAGGAUGGCAGCAGGUGCAUUGACAUGGACGAGUGCGAGGAUGGACAGUGUGAGGGCGAGUGUGAAAACAUACCGGGCAGCUUCAGAUGUGAAUGUCCACCAGGCUAUACACAACACUACAGUGGACAGUGCUACGAUGAGAAUGAAUGUAUGGACCAGUUCCUGUGCGGCGUCGCCAUCUGCAUCAACAUACCCGGCAGUUUUGACUGUCAGUGCAACGGCGGACAGACAUUUGACAUGCAGAUGUCCACUUGUGUCGACCCCAAUGCCUGUGGCGGCAACCCAUGUGUGUUUGGCUGUUCUCCCACUGCACAGGGCUUCUCUUGUGGGUGUCCUAAUGGAUACCAACCCAUAGGACAAGGUCACUGCAUCUCGACGAUCACCCCUCCAGGCAGUAGUGGCAGAGAGGAGAGAGUGUACCCUGAGGGGGUGCAGCUGCCCCAUGAGGCAGGCCCCUCCGGUGGGAAGCUGCCUCCAGGAGAAGGAUGCUACCAGUGUGACCAUGAGUUUGGGGAUCUCCCUCUCACCAAGAGAGCCAAGAGAAGUUUGCCAGACUUUGAUGAGGAGGAGGAGGAGGACUUGGAGGCACACAUACACAAGUUUGAGAUGAAUCCUAAGGCUGAAAUGGAGAAAUAUAGAAGCAGGCAAAAGAGGGAUAUAUAUUUACAACGUAAAAUACACAGACAUCACAAGCACAAAGCUGCCAAUGUGACAGCCCCAUCCGGUGACAUCAAGACCCCAGAGUUCAGACCUAUUGUCCUUUAUCUGAAGCGGAAGCAAACUCGACCAAAGGCUCGUGUCAUCAAAGUCCUGCCAUCUAUGCGUGCUCUCCAGAACAAUGUGGUGUAUACCAUUAUUAAUGGAAAUGAAGAAGGAAUAUUCUCAAUGCAUAAAAAGAAGGGAAUUAGCUCUUUACAUUUUACUCGUAGGUUACGCGAGAAAGGAGAGUAUAGACUAGAAAUUGAAUGUAAGCCCAAGCACAGAGAGGAUAGCAAAGACAAGGAUGUACAAUUGGAGCCCUAUUCAAUACAUGUUGAAAUUCAUGUGCUGUGAGACUCUACAACAUCGACUAGGGUGUAUGAACAUUUAUAAAUUGGUUAAGUUGACUAAAUAUCAAUUAGGAAAGAAAAAGACUGUCAUCAGAAUAUUAUUUUAAUGCAAUAUAACACCCUUAAAUUGUUUUGCAACUCUAAUUUUAACAUAGAAAGAUAAUGCAUAUUUUUUGCAUGUUUUGACCUUAUGAUAAUGUUUAUGCACUUAAGUACCAAACAGAUUUUAACCUUGCAAGCUUAUCGAAACUGACCCAAACAGAUAUAAGGUUCUGUUUGAGAAGCAUGGAAACCAAUAUACCACAAAAGUUUAUCACUGCCAUCAAACCAUGAUAUUAUUGUUUGAAUAUUUCAUUACUAAUGUAAUGAGAAACUAAUUCCAUGACUCCCUGUCAGCAGGCCACUACAAUGAUUGCUGCUGUCAUCCAGUGAUGUUUACUGUAGCUACUGCUGUCUA